GCGUCGCCGCGCAGCCUCCGCGCCUCCGCCGCGGGCCUGCUCGUCGACGCAGAGCGCGCGGGGAGGCUGGCCCCCGCGCUGGAGGAGGUCCAGCGCACCUUCUCGGAGGAGGCGACCAGUGGCGCGCAGAACACCGUCGUCGGGGCUCCGCCCGAGAUCCUGGCCCUGGUGUCCCCCGAGACUCCCGAGGGCGCCGACGAGGAGCGGUCGGUUGCGCCCAGAGCACCGUCGCCAGGGCGCCGUCCGAGCUCCCGGACCUUGCGUCCGCAGAGAUUCCCGAGGACGCCGACGAGGACCCAGGGAGGGAGGCACGUGCCUGCUGUGCCCCAGGACUUCGGCGCAGAUCUCGAGGCUGAGGCGUCGGCACAGGGGCUGGACCGCCUGGGCGACGCGGGCCCGGACGUCCACUGA